AUGGUUAGAAAAUUAAGUUACUUUCCUGGUUUCCAAGUAAAGCAAACUAAUGAUGGGUUAUUUAUAUGCCAAUCAAAUUGUGUAAAAGACAUUGUCAAGAGAUUUGGACUAGACAGCAAGAAACAUACUAGAACGCCCAUGAGCACAAGUGUUAAGUUAAGUCAUGAUCUUACAGGUAAGAGUGUUGAUCAGACACUAUAUGAGAGUAUGAUAGGUAAUUUACUUUAUCUUAGUGCCUGUAGAUCUGGCAUAGCUUUUAGUGUUGGGUUAUGUUUAAGAUUUCAGGCUGAUCCUAAGAAAUCUCACUUGUAUCAUAAACUCUUGUACUCUAGAGACUCUAAUCUUGAUCUUGCAUACUAUUCCGAUGCCAAUUGGGCUAGAAAUGUCGAUAAUAGAAAGAGCACAUCGGGAGGCUAUUUCUAUGUUGAUUCUAAUCUUGUAGUUUGGAUGAGUAAAAAAACAAAACUCUAG